GUAUGCAGCGAUUAUCGAUUGUACUUAUUUUACCGAAGGACGCGCGCUGAGUCGCCGACAUAACCUCUAUUAUCCAUUGUUGCUCCGAAAUUUAUGCAACAAAUUUUUGAUAAUACUAUUUGUAUUUAAUCUACUCGAGCCCUAAACAGUACAAAAUGACUUCCUUAACAAAGCCAAAGUCAGAAAUGACACCUGAGGAGUUGGCUAAGAGGGAAGAGGAAGAGUUUAACACAGGACCAUUGUCUGUUCUUACACAGUCUGUUAAGAAUAAUACACAAGUUCUGAUAAACUGCAGGAACAACAAGAAGUUAUUAGGUCGUGUCAAGGCUUUUGACAGGCAUUGCAACAUGGUUCUUGAAAAUGUUAAAGAAAUGUGGACAGAAUUACCACGAACUGGCAAAGGAAAAAAGAAAGCAAAACCAGUUAAUAAAGAUAGAUUUAUAUCCAAAAUGUUUUUGAGAGGUGACUCUGUUAUUCUGGUUGUAAGAAAUCCAUUGGCUACAGCUACAGGAAAAUAAUAUGAUUUAAAAAAUUCUAAUUUAAAUAGGCAUAAGUGAAAUUUUUAUUAAAUAAACCUUUAUAAUUAAUUCAAAAAUGUUUUAU